AUGGCGCGGGCGGCGGGCGGGCUGCGGCUGCGGCGGCCGCCGCUGGGGCCGGGGCUGCUGCGGCUGCUGCUGCGGCUGCUGCUGCUGGGCGGCCUCCUGCUGCGGGGCGGCGGGGCGGCGGCGGGGGCCGGGGCCGGGGCCGAGCCGUGCCAGGCGCCGCGGCAGUGGGAAGGGCGCACCGUGUUCUACGAGCACGGCACGGGCCGCAACACGCGGGCCGCCCUCUCCUACGACGGCCCCAACCAGCGCCUCCGCAUCCUGGAGGAGAGGAAGGCGCUCAUCCCCUGCAAGAAAUUCUUUGAGUAUAUAUUGCUCUAUAAAGAUGCAGUGAUGUUUCAGAUCGAACAAGUUACAAAGCUUUGCUCGAAGAUUGCUCUGACAGAGCCAUGGGAUCCAUAUGAUAUUCCUGCCAAUUCAACUUAUGAAGAUCAGUACUACAUCGGGGGACCUGGAGAUGAAAUUAUGGUACAGGAAUGGUCUGACAGAAAACCAGCCAGGAAAUUGGAAUCCUGGGUCGGCGUUUACACAGUCAAAGACUGUUACCCAGUACAGGAAACCUAUACGAAGAACUACAGCGUGACAACCUCCACUCGCUUUUUUGAUCUACAGCUGGGCAUUGCUGACCCCUCGGUGUUUACCCCACCCAGCACCUGCCAGACAGCCCAGCCGAGGAAGAUGAAAGAUGAAUGCUGAUUAUGGACACUGACUGCCCCGGGCAAACAAAUAUUAGCCAAGAGGAUGGUUAUUAAUAGUCAGCUGCUGAC